ACACAUGUACACAGCAGUAGGCAUAGACACAGACGAAAGAAGAACAAGCAGCAGAGGAGAAUGCGAAUAAGAACUGCGUAUAUGUAUGUGGAAAUACAAAACAGCAGACACAACGAACAGUGUGCUUUUUCGGCAUAGAUCUCAAACCUCAGACGAAUUAAAUCAACGCAAUUAAAACGCACAAUCUAAUCAAAAACCAUCGACAAAUAAGCCGCUGGCAUAAAUUGUGAUCAAACAGCUGUGGAAGUGGAAAGGGCACCAAAAAAGUAAUCAUAAAGUGCGAAAGGUCAGCAGCAGGAACAUUUCGCUGUAUAUAAAACUGUGUGCUUGUGUGUGUAUGUGUAUGUGUGUCUAGCUGUCACUUUCUUGCGCGCGCACAAGACAUACACAAAUUGAAAUCAGCGACAACCCCUCCCCCACAACCCAUCAAAGACAAAACUUGACAUACGCGCCCGGUUCCGGUGCCAUCGAGCCACCGCCGUUGGUCAGUUACCCGUCUCUAGACCCAUCAACAGCGCAACACUCGGUUGCAAUCGCAUACAUAUAACAAAAAAAAAGUGGAAGUGCGCGUUGCUUUGGUUGCAUUUCCUUUUUGGUACUGUUGCUAUCUAUGAGAUUAUAAUCCACAUUCAGCUCCAGGCAUUAAGCGCAGGUGCCGGUGCCAACGUUGCCGUCGUGCUGCUGUUUACAUGUGGAAGUUGUUGUACAGAAACGCUGACAACAACAAAGGACGCUGCAGAGAAUCCAGAGGAGCCAAACAAAACAUAAGACCUCAGCAGAACCAGAGUAUUGUGCAGCUUUAAUUGCUGUAGACCGACCUUAUCAAUUGCAAACUGUAAACACUCCGGCGAUUAUUAACGAAGCAGACCGUCAAGACUGGAAUAUAAGAGCUAAAGGAGUUGCUGGAGCAGAGGUGGUGGCAGGCACGCGUGUUAAGCGUUAAGCCGGCUUUGUGUGUUGUACGCGUGUGCGGGGGAGGGGGGCGCGGUUGAGUGUCCACUAUUCGUGAGAUGUUGCCAUUCACUCCGCAAGUGGUUAAACGUUUGUUAGCACUCAAAAAGGGCAACGAGGACAACAGUGUCGAGGGCAAGUGGUCCGAGAAGGCCGUCAGGAAUCUGGUAAAGAAGAUCAAAAAGAAUUCACAGAUUGAGGAACUAGAGCGCGCCAUCUCCACACAGAACUGCAAUACUCGGUGUGUGACUGUGCCGCGCAGCAAGCCCGCUGCCACCGGCGAAAGCCUACGCAAGGGCUUACCGCACGUCAUCUAUUGCCGACUGUGGCGCUGGCCCGAUUUGCAGUCACAGAAUGAAUUGAAACCGCUCGAGCACUGCGAGUACGCGUUCCAUUUGCGCAAGGACGACAUCUGCAUUAAUCCGUAUCACUAUAAAAAGAUUGAGCUAUCAAUAUUGGUUCCCAAAUCGCUACCAACGCCCCCUGACUCCAUUGUCGAUUAUCCAUUGGACAAUCAUACACAUCAGAUACCAAAUAAUACGGAAUACAAUGCUGCAAUAAUACGCAGCGCCUCGCUCAGUCCGCCACAGUAUAUGGAAUUGGGUGGCAGCAGCAGCAACAGCAGCAGCAACAACACCACAGCAACUGGAGCCGGCGGCUACCAGCAACAGCAGCAGCAGCAACAACAACCAAACUCGCCGCUAUCCUUUGGCAGCGUAGUAGGCGUGGGCCAGAACUUGCCGCCAGGCAGCUGCAACAUGGACUCGCAAUCCAGCGUGCUCAGCGUGGGCAGCAGCAUACCCAACACGGGCACCCCGCCGCCGGGCUAUAUGAGCGAGGAUGGCGAUCCAAUUGAUCCAAAUGAUAAUAUGAAUAUGUCGCGGCUAACACCGCCCGCCGAUGCCGCACCAGUGAUGUACCAUGAGCCGGCCUUCUGGUGCUCCAUAUCCUACUAUGAGCUAAAUACCCGUGUGGGCGAAACCUUUCACGCCUCACAGCCAUCGAUAACGGUGGACGGCUUUACCGAUCCAUCCAAUUCGGAGCGCUUCUGCCUGGGCCUCCUCUCUAACGUGAAUCGCAACGAGGUCGUUGAGCAAACCCGUCGCCAUAUUGGCAAAGGCGUUCGCCUCUACUAUAUUGGCGGUGAGGUCUUUGCCGAAUGCCUGAGUGAUUCGUCAAUCUUCGUGCAGAGUCCCAAUUGUAAUCAGCGCUAUGGCUGGCAUCCGGCAACCGUUUGUAAAAUACCGCCUGGAUGCAAUUUGAAGAUCUUCAAUAAUCAGGAGUUUGCCGCCUUGCUCUCCCAAUCGGUAUCCCAGGGAUUCGAGGCAGUUUAUCAGCUAACGCGCAUGUGCACCAUCCGCAUGUCCUUCGUUAAGGGCUGGGGCGCCGAAUAUCGCCGACAGACGGUUACCUCAACCCCCUGCUGGAUCGAACUCCAUUUAAAUGGACCACUCCAGUGGCUCGAUCGUGUACUCACCCAGAUGGGCUCGCCUCGUUUGCCCUGCAGCUCCAUGUCCUAAGUGUGGCAGCAAAACAAAGCUCUUCGACAUAUGUACAUGUACACAUAUAUAUAUUUAUAUAUAUAUAUAUAUGGAAUAUAUAUAUAUUUAUAUAUAUAUAUAUGGAAUAUAUAUAUAUUUAUUUUUUUUUAUCUAUUCCACAAAGCGGAGCAAUUAAAACACAAGAAGUGAGAACAAAAAACUAACAAGAAGUGAAAAGAAAGGUAAAAAAGUUGCAGUCGGAAGAUACCGACUGCCGGAUACUCUGUUCCCAGUGUGUUUAUACGACGAGUUGGAAAGGAACAUGGCAAAAAUAUAUAAACGUAUGUAUCUCGUCUUAUAUGGAGAUCAUCAAUAGUCCUUAAAGGAAAUUUGGUCACUAGCUUUCAAACAGUUUGGCUAUAAAGCG